AUGACUGUUCCCUUCCCAUUCGGGAUCGGUAUAGGUACCGGUUGCUCUAUAAACCAUAAAUUCGACAUCAGGUGCAAUACCUCAUUCGAUCCUCCUAUCGCCUAUCUCAACACUGGAGGUAUGGAGGUCCUCGACAUAUCAACUAGCCAAAUACGAGUCAAAAACACCUUCACAGGCAGCUGUUAUGAACAAAAUGGCGAACUAGCUGAACGGAAAACUAUGAGAAUCGACACGGGAGUCCCAUUUUUCACCUUAUCUGAUAAAGAUAACAGGUUGACUCUCGUAGGCUGUGAUGAUUUGGCUUUAGCUUCUGGUCUUUCGUUGUAUGAAGGGCGUAAUUUUAGCAUUGGAUGUAUAACUUCGUGUUCAAGAAGUGUGGAUGUGAGCAAUGGGACUUGUUCUGGGAUUGGUUGCUGUCAAGCAGCCAUCCCUAAGGGAUUGAUGACCUUUUGGGGGAUUGUGACUAGCAUGCUUAACCAUACUAAGGUCUGGUCUUUUAACCCUUGUGGCUAUGCAUUCCUUGGUGAGCACGAAAAGUUUACAUUUCGGGGUGCAUCAGACUUAACAGACCCAAAUUUUGUAAGCAGAAUAGUGAAAGAUGUACCUGUUGUUAUUGACUGGGCAAUUGGGAAUCAAAGUUGCAGUGAGGUUAGAAACUCCACUGCCUAUGCAUGCAAGGAACAUAGUCUGUGCAUUGAUUCUGAAAGUGGACGUGGAGGUUAUCGCUGCAUUUGUGAGGAAGGAUAUGACGGUAAUCCUUAUCUUACUCCAGGCUGCCAAGAUAUCGAUGAGUGCGCAAAGAAUCCUUGUGAUGGGAUUUGCAAAAACACUCCAGGAGGAUUUCAGUGUUCCUGUCCGGAAGGAUAUUUUGGAGACGGCCAGAAGGGACGUGGUUGCCAGAAGGAGCGUGAUCUCCCUAUCUUGAAGUUAUCUCUUGGUAUGUAA